UGUUGGUCUACAUCACUCCAUCACCCCGCGCUACUGUACAAUCAUGUCUGAUGAGCCAAGGAGGAAACGAAAGUGGGAUAGCCAAGGUGAACCGGAUACUGCAGUCAAAAAGACUGUGUCAGAGGCUGACAUUGCCUUAAAGGACACAGCCCAAACCCCUGCCACAGGUCUCACUACAGCAGCUCAGGAUGCUCCAACAGAGCAGUCAAGUAUUGAUGCAGCAGCAGCAGCAGCUAUUGAGGCGGCAAGGAUAAGCGCCAAGUUGGUAGCACAAGGAAAGGCUUCAUCAACCAAUGCUGAUUCUAACCAAACAGCGUCAAAGAUAGAUGAAGUUCAGACAGCCUUUUCUGCUUCUGAGACACCUGCAUCUAACAGUGGAAAUGUCAAUAAUGGAGGACCUGCUAAAGAGUUCAAGAAGAGAGAUGAAUUUGUUACUGACAUUGAUAUUAAUGAUGUCAAACAUCGCUCUUUACUUACAAAAGGCUCAGUGCAAACUCAACUUCAACGUGAUACAGGAGCUGAUGUUACUACUCGUGGAAUAUACUACGCAGAUCGCAGUAUGGCGACUGAAAAGGAUCCACCACUCUAUCUGCAUGUUACGGCGGUUAGCCAGGAGAUCUUGGAUGCGGCAGUUCGUAAAAUCAACGAGCUCAUCGAGGAAGCACAAAAUCCCCCCCCAUUACCCUCUCAGCGAGAAUCAUUCCAACCAGGCCCUAGAUUCCAUGGAGGGCCACCAAGACAUCAAACGUUCCAUGCUCGUGUCGCUAUUGGGAUAGAAUCGGAUAGAAUGUUUAAUGUUAGAGCAAAGAUUGUAGGCCCAGGAGGUGAAUAUGUCAAACAUGUACAAAAUAAGACUAGGACGCGUGUCCAGCUGAAGGGCUAUGGAUCUGGAUAUCUGGAGGCUGAAACUGGCCGUGAAUCAGAUGAGCCGCUUUAUAUCAACAUUUUAGGAAGCAGUCAGGAAGAUGUGGAUGAGGCCGAAAGUCUAUGUAAAAACCUUGUCGAGACUGUUAAGGCCGAGCAUGAGAGGAUGAAGAGUCGGCCUCCAAUGCACCAAGAAUCUUAUAGCCACAACAGGCACUAUGGUGGACGAACUGGUUACUACAAUGGUGGACACCAUCAGCGAUACCAAGGCGGACAUAAUCGAUACCAACAUCAACAGCCUCAUCAUCAAUAUAACUAUAAUCAACACUACCAAGCACCUCCGCCUCCACCUCCUGGUGCCUCUAUUCCGCCUGCUAAUCCACCUUUGCCACCGGGACCGCCACCUGCUCUAUCAACUGAUCCAACAGUAGCUGCAACCACCACUUCCGCGGUAGCUCCAGGGACAUCAGCAGCAGCGGAUCCAUCUCUACAAGGAUAUUCAUAUGACCAGUAUGAAGCGUAUAACCAAUAUUAUUACCAGCAGCAGUAUUAUCAACAGUAUGGUCAGUAUUAUCAGCAGGCGUAUGCAGCCCCAGGCGUCGACCAAAGCCAAGCGGCCGUAACCUCUUCGGCAGGAGCCUCUAUUUCCUCUGAUCCUGCACUGGCUUAUUAUGGAUAUGCGUAUGCUCCCCCUGCCGACACAUCAGCCCCAGCAGCAGAGGUAUCAGCUUCAGUAUCACCAGCGCUACCUGCUAAUAUUACCGGCUCACAACCCCCACCACCCGGCUCAGAAAUGCCUUCAUCGAAUGGUUCGAGCAACUAUCACGCUGUCCCACCUCCACCUGAGCAUUAACCGCUUUCUUUACAGUUUUGUGGUCUCUUCUAUGGUCCUACUCUGCUGUACAUUGAGUUAGAAGUGACCGAUUAACGUUUUUCAUCCUUUCCUCUUCU